CGUCAUAAUCUUUUUGUUACGUAAAACCGUGAAUUAUAGGAUCGCUGUAUAUGGUAGUCAGCAAAGAUCAUUUUAGCGAGUCAGCGACUCAGCAUCGGAAUCGGGCAAUAUCCGAUUGCGCUCUCUCAUUUGAGCAUGAUCCCAUCAACAUAUCUUGGUAUCGUUUGGUUUUGUAUAACGCUGACCGACAUUGCACACUGUAUCCACAUUGAAGUGGUCAGUCUGCUGCCGGUGGAUGCGACAAUCGCCCCUGGCUUAGCCUGGACCGGCGCCGCGCUGACCUUGGCGACACAGCGCACCAGCACGGUCUAUGCUGAGCAAAACAUAACCGUCGCCGUACAGCAAGUAAGGGGCGCGCUGCCGCUAGACUGCGCGCAAUUAGCAGCCAGCAGUGCGGCAUUAUUGGGAGAAUAUUAUUACCGCCACGUCGAUGACUCCCGUUGGGACGAUCCCGUUUGCCAUGUCGUAAUUGCCAUUGCGUGCAAUGAUUUUCCGACGAUAUCCAAUCUGGUUCGAGAAUGGGACUGGUUGGUCAUCAACAAUGGACUUGGCCAAAGCGAACUGAUCAAUACCAAGUGGUACCCGAACUCGCUGACCAUGGGCGCCACGUACGAUAGCCAGGUUAACGCACUAUUCAGCCUGCUGCGCUAUUUCAAAUGGAAGCACGUGACAGUUUUGUUGGACACUGAAGCGACGACGAUCAUCUACGGAAUGAUCAACAAAGCCAUCCGUCGUCUGGCAGCAACAACAACUUUCAAUGAUACACUGGAGACUGUAACGUUCAAGGGGUCAUCCCAACAGACCAUGGUGCAGUCGCUGGAUAUCGCUCGCAAACGGAGCAGAGUUUUCAUCUUUCUUACUGCGGCAUCGACGGUGUUGACAGUUCGGAAACUAGCGGGAAAAUCAGGAAUGAACAAUGGGGAGUAUGUUUUCAUCAAUAUACAACCUGUGCAAGCUUCCUCGUACGGGCGCGCGGCGUAUUUUAAUAACUUCAUUGACACGGACCUAUUACUGGCACAGUGGACAUUCUUCCUGGUAAUCUCCACCGCCAACUCCGCUCCACCGUCUCUCAACGAAGAAUUAGCCCAAAUCAGUCGAAGCCAGUAUAACACCAAGUUUGACACCGGUGACCAGCCGAUGGAUUCCUACACGAUCCGCGCCACCUACGAGAUCGUGGAAAUGCUGCCCGUAUUGGCGAUGCAGACGCUGAAUCGAUCCGGCGGUGCACAAUGCAGCGGAAGUGCCAUGGCUACGGCGGCAUUUGGGCAGCGCUUCCGAUUGACAAGCGGAAACAUUGCUUUGACGGAGCAAGGAGUCAAAUUGGUCAACGUCGAUGUAUUUUCUUUCCAUAAUGAUCGACAUUCUAUGCAGCUGUCUGGUCAUUUUGAUGCUGGUUCAGAUGAACUGCAGUGGUUAGCCAACAUGUCAUUCCCAUGGAUAGGUGGUGCUGUUCCCCUGGAUAUUCCGCUUUGUGGCUUCCUCGGCACUGAAGGCCCCUGCCAGUACAAUGGCCCGGCAUAUAGUUCCAUCGUCAUCCCCGCUAUUGCGGGGAUGUUGAUAUUGUGCAUGUCUGUUUUCUUUAUACGCCACUGGAUUAACAUGGCUGCUCGAAAAUCCCUGGGAUUUUGGUGGCUGCUUAAUAUAAGCGAUUUGGAAAUGCGGCUGGAUUUGACGAAAUUCACCCACGGCACUAUUAACUGGAAUCAGCGCCUGGUGUGGGCACAGCGGAUACCCUUGCAAAGGUCAAAUGGUAAACAAGCUCUGCAUAUGGAGAAAUUGUCCAAGAUCAUUCCGAUUCUUGAGCAUCAAUGCAUACACAAAUUCUACGGUUUAAUCAUCGAUAUGGACGAUGCGCUAAUGGUCUCUGACUACUGCCAGAAAGGCAAUAUUCUGACUCUGUUUGAUAUGAUGCAAAUGGAUAAAGAGUUCCAGUUUUCCCUGAUUAUGGAUAUCAUUCAGGGCGUAGCGUACCUGCAUUCGACGCUGCAAGACGCUCACGGUUUUCUCAAACCUACCCACUGCCUUAUCGACCAGCGUUUUACCCUGAAAAUUGCCAAAUUCCGCUACCGUGAUAUAGUGCGUCACCUUGCCAACAAUGAUCUUCUCAUUGAACAACCUGACACGCUAUGGAUGGCACCGGAGCACCGCAGCAACCCUAAACUACACAGAUCCCGCUCGGGCGACAUUUACUCCAUCGGUUUACUGAUCCUCACCAUCUUACAACAACACGCACCGGAUUUUGCGGAAAUGACCUUUCAGACCAACACUAUCGCAGAGAUGGACACUUUAAUUAAGACAUGUACAAAACGCGAUCCGCGCAAACGUCCCACCAUCCAAGCGUUGGCGACGCGCUUGCAACGUGUCCAAAACCGGCAUGGCAUCUCCCACGGGAAUAUUGUGGAGCGGACUAUUACCAAGUUCUCUGCGUACGUGGUGACUCUGGAAGCAGCGGUGACUUUACGUACACAAGAGCUGAACCACGAACGAGCCAAGUGUGAUACGCUGCUCAUGGAGAUGCUGCCGUUGUUUGUCGUGGAGCAAUUGCGCAACCGUAGUGCGGUAAUUGCCAAAACCUUCGCCAGUGUCAGUGUUUACUUUGGGGAGCUGGAUGGGUUCGCCAGCUGGGCCGCGCAGACGGAUGUUAAACAGGCGCUAAAGAUCCUUACCCGGUUGUGUACGGUGUUGGAUGAAGGUAUUUCCGAAUUCAACGUGCUCAAAGUGGAAAAUAUUCGGGAUUCUUAUUUGGUGGUGGGUGGUAUACCGGUGCAGGAAUCCGCAGAAGCGCAUGCCAUAACGGUAUGCGAAAUGGCUCUGGCCUUGCCGGCCGUUUUAGUCGCCAAGCCGUUAAAUCCACAGUUUCUGCUUCGAGCUGGCAUACAUUCCGGGCCUUGCGCGGCCGGCGUCAUUGGCCUCAAAGUGCCGCGUUAUUGCUUAUUCGGUGAUACUGUUAACAUGGCGUCGAGAAUGGCCACAUACGGCGAUGCGGGAAAAGUUCAUUUAACGGAGGACACUGCCUCGCUGACUGCUGGUUAUCCACCUUUGACAUCCUGCGAGCGUGGAUGGCUGGAUGUCAGGGGAAAAGGUCGCGUUCGCACCUUCUGGUUGUAUCGGCACGAAAAGGAGAGUGACAUCGUCGUAUCCAGCAUAGAAUAGCAGAGCUCGGACAUUCGAAAUUCUGUAAUCGCUGUCUUUCAGAACUGUGGUUACGCACAAACCUGUCAAAUUAUUGUGUGUCCCGAGACUUUGGGCCGACGGAUACGAUGUACAUUCAAAUUACUCGUAGUGCAUAAUUGUGCUAAUUAGAAAAUAUAAGUAGU